AUGGAUAUCGAAGAUAAUGAAAGCAUCAAUGGUGCAAUUGCUACUACUAAAAUUGCGACACUUCCCAUGCCGCUUCUACAACAACAUGGAGAGGUAUUUGUUGGUCCAGGUGCAAAAAAAGACGCGCAAAGAGUUGGUUUAGGGCUUUCCAAAUUAUCGUCAAAACGAAAAGAUGAUUUGCAUAAUGCGAAACGAUAUGCGAUGGAUAUUUCGAUCAAACAGAUUAUCCUGCGACAACAAAAGCAACAGCAAGAAAAUGUGGCAAAUACCGAAUGGGUUCGCAAAAUGCCUCCGCGAAAUGACUUCGCGCUGCCGAAUCAAAAAGCCUUCGCAAAUUCCAAAUGACUCCGCGUCCGAUAUUUCAAAAAUGUCGAAAUGCCUCCGGGGCUUCAAAAUGACUUCGCGCUAUCAAAUCAAAUACGGUAUGAUCAUGGGUUAAUCGAAAAACAUGGGUUAAAUUUGAACAUGGGAUAAAUCAACAUGGGAAAAUUUUUUCGACAUGGGUUAAAUCGAAUGGGAUAAACUUUUGCCCACCUUUCUGGGCGUUUAACUAAGCCUAAGCCUAAUAUCCGAACUUGUACAACCAAACUGUCGUCUCAGUUUAUAGGCUUAGGCUUACAAUUAGUGAACACCUUGAAAAUAAUAAUUCUUAUUGAAAAUUAAUUAUGUGGCAAAAAAUGUGUUGAAGAGUACACCUUGUUCGCGGAGUCAUUUUGACAUUCUCAAGAGUUUUACCGCGAAGUCAUUUAGAAUUCGCUGAGGCUUUUUGAUUCGGCAGCGCGAAGUCAUUCUGCGGAGGCAUUCGACAAUGCCUCUGGAGGCAUUUCGCGAACCCAUUCGGUAUUUGCCGAAAAUGUGAGUCUGAAAAAAUGAUGAAUAUAAUAACGUGAAAUUUUUCCAGGCACAAAAACAACAAAUGUAUGCACAAGCUUUGUCCAUAAUGUCAAGAAUUUAUGUUGGUUCGAUAUCGUUUGAAGUUAGAGAAGAGAUGCUUCGUAAAGCUUUUGAUCCAUUCGGCCCAAUUAAAAGUAUAAAUAUGAGUUGGGAUCCAACAACUGGACAUCACAAAACUUUUGCGUUUGUCGAAUAUGAAAUUCCAGAAGCAGCUUUACUUGCCCAAGAAUCAAUGAAUGGUCAAAUGUUAGCUGGCCGAAACUUGAAAUGUAAUUCAAUGGUACGUUUCUGCUAAGAUUAUUUGUACUUAAAUAUUAAAAAAAAAUUUUUCAGAUGUUCCAAGAGGCUCCCAACAAAUAUGCCACAAGCCCAACCAAUCAUUGA